AUGGCGACCCAUACAUCGGCCAAACCGACACCACCGACCAACGGCGAUGCGCGGGGACCUUUGAGCCACACUCCUCCUGGGAACAUGCCUGUACCAGCACAAGUAAACCGCAAGAAGCAAAAACGUCGACAGAAACAAGCCGCCCGUCUCGGCAUCGAUCCAUCUGAUGUUAAUGCCUCCGCGGACUUAGAUUCGGCUGUGGAUGACCAACAUUCCAAUGACCACGGCGAAGUUGAUAGUGCGGAUCUUGACCAUGCCGAAGGCGAUGAUUUAUACCAUAACGGAAUCUCAGGUGUGCAUCACGAUAUAGAUGGCCAUCCAAUAUCGAACGACUAUGGGAAUUCGGAGGGGUCGAAAUCAAAGAAGAAGAAAAAUAAGAAAGGCCGCUCUGGCUCGCAUACGCACGCCGAUGGUAGUUCUACUCCUCUAUCCACACCCUCCGCCACCUUUUCUCACCCUCCACCGCCACACUCGCUGCCAUACCCUUCUCAAUUUCCCGCCAAAUCCACCCAUGAAAGCAGUAUCUGGAACCAAUCAAACACCGAGGAGCGCGAAAACAUUCGAACAUUUUGGUUUGAGCUGGGCGAGGAGGAAAGACGUCAACUUGUGAAAGUAGAAAAGGAUGCUGUGUUGAAGAAGAUGAAAGAGCAGCAAAAGCACUCCUGCAGUUGCACUGUGUGUGGCCGAAAGCGAACCGCAAUCGAAGAAGAGCUAGAAGUUCUGUACGAUGCGUAUUACGAGGAACUUGAGCAAUAUGCCAACAACAACCAAGGCUCUUUUGACGAAGGUGCUCCUAUAAUACCACCUCCGCGAUUGUAUCAACCCCCACUUCGAUCUCCUGGACAGCAUACCCGCACCCACGGCCAAUAUCAUCCGUCACGGAAUCGAGUCCAAGAAUUACCCGAGGACGAGGACGACGACGAAGAAGAAGAAGAAGAAGAAGAAGAAGAAGAAGAAGAAGACUUGGAGGACGAUUACGACGAGGAAGAGGAAGAGGAAGAGGAAGAUGACGAAGAUGAUGAUGAGCUUUAUAGCGAUGAGGAAUUCGAAGAUGAGGAUGCUCGAGCCGCUCGAGCAGACUUCUUUGCGUUCGGUAAUAGCUUGACGGUAAAAGAUGGCAUACUCACCGUGGCCGAUGAUCUUCUCAAAAACGAUGGCAAACACUUCAUCGACAUGAUGGAGCAAUUAGCCGAACGUCGUAUGCAACGAGAAGAAGACACGCAGUAUAAUAUAGCCGCCGCUCACCAAUCCUUUCAUGCUGGUCAUAACCAUGGCCCCUUGGAUGAUGAAGAUUACGACGAUGAAGAGGAAGAAGAUUACGAUAGUCAGGAGGAGGAAGAGUUUGACGAGGACGAAAUGGAUGCCAUGACAGAAGAGCAACGUAUGCAGGAGGGCCGUCGAAUGUUUCAGAUUUUCGCUGCUCGAAUGUUUGAACAACGUGUUAUGACUGCAUAUCGAGAGAAGGUAGCCGAACAACGCCAGAAGCAGCUUCUAGAAGAGCUCUUAGAAGAGGAGAAUCAAACCGAACAGCGCAACGCUAAGAAGGCACGAGAAGCUCAGAAGAAGAAAGAUAAGAAACGUCUUCAAAAACAGGCUAAAGACGAAGAAAGGGCUCGCCGGGACGCCGAAAAAGCGGCCGAGGAAGCUGCUGUUAAGGCUGCUCAAGAUAAGAAGCUAGAAGAACAGCGAGUGAAGCGUGAAGAGCAACGAAAGAAGCGUGAGAUUGAACGGAAAGCCCAAGAGGAGGAACGGGCACGCAAAGAAGCUGAGAAACAGCGGCGUCUAAAGGAAGACAGAGAACGACAAGCUGAAGCGGAACGCAAGCAGCGGGAGCAGAAGGAAGAGAAAAAGAGGCGCGAGGAAGCGAAGCGCAAGGAGAAAGAAGACCGCGAGAAGGAGAUUCAAGAGGAACAAGAGCGGAAAGUACGGGACGAACAAGCCAGGAAGAAUCGUGAGGUUACAGCUAGGGCAGAGCAAGAAGCCCGUGAACGUGCUGGAAAAUCGGAUCCCCAACCAAGACCCGCUCCACUCCCUGGAAAUAUCUCCAUGCCGCCAAAUUUUUUAUUCCAAGCUACUCCUGGCUCUCUACAGUCCCCUCGUUACUCCACGACCACCCCCAUCGCCCCCAAAGUUUCUACGCCUGUCAGGCCACGCCAGCCGUCCCAACAGGGAUCUCAUACCUCCUCUCCUCACUCACAGCCAUCCUCCUCUGAAUUAUUUCCCCAGCCAUCCAUUUCACCACGCUCUAUGGCUCAAUCACAUCAUGGCACCAUCGGUGGCAGGCCGGGUCAUCAUCCCCAACCUCCUUUGCACCAUCCCCAACCUUCCGCUCCUCUGUCGCCUUUGGGUAGAGGUAACCAUCCUGGUUUCCCUGGAUUUGGUGGCCUACCUCCGAACCCCCCGGGCCUUCCAGGAAUGGGUGGUCGACCUCUCGGGGCCCCUGACCUGCAUAUGUACUCCCCCAACUCAGCGAUUAUGAACCCACUUCGACCCUUCCCUGGACCGGGUGGUAUCACUGCGCCCCCUGGUAUGAAUGGUGUACGCCCUAUGCCUUCAGGACGAGGCUUCCCGUCAGAUCCAGGACACAGCUUCCCAUUUCAAGGGCACCACGGAAUGCCUGGCGUGUUCCCAAUGCAGCAACCAGUUUUGGCAAAGACCCAUUCUAGACAACCAUCGAGCUCAUUUGAACGCUCGCCCUUAGAAACAAGUGGCCAAUCGUUCCAAAGACCUAGUCCCAUUAAGCGGCCGUCAAGUGGUACACAGGAUCAACAAAACGGAGGCCAUGGAGCAACACAUCGGGAAGUCGAUCAGUUGAGCACUCAACUGGGUAGUAGUGCGCUCCUUGACGAUACUGACGCUCAUUAUUCAUCGAAGCUGUCUCAGUCGCUUCCAGGCGCUACUGCUCCAGGCCAGUUCCCCACACCAUCCCGAGCUAGUUUCCAGGGGCCGUCAUUCUUCCCCGAACCUCUCAGUUCUAAACCCACGAACUUUGCAGUAGGAUCAACUGGCUGGGGUGCCACCCCCUUUGGUGGUUCUGCCUUUCCUAGUGCGUCGACUUGGGGAGCAACGACUGGUAAGGGAAACUUUGACCUAUCUAUACAAAAGCCUCGUAUUAAUACUUCAAUAGGAAGCGGCUGGCCGCAACCACAGCCAAACAAUGUCUUCGCAGCUGGCACGCAUCACCGUGGACACACAUCUCGACCCGUCACCAUCCGUCUCUUAGUGAUACAAGCCUGCAAGAACCUUAACACGCUAAGCCCCCAGCCUGGCUCUGGGGGCUACCACAACGUGAAUGUGGUUCUCAGUCAAGUGGAGCAGCUUCGCCCCUCUACUGAACCGGCUAUAAAUUUGAGCGAAAUGGUAGAGAUCUGCGACACUGAAGGUAAUCAUCAAAAUGGCGGUGGUUCAUUCUCCAUCAAGGAAGAUGAGAAUGGCAAGCACGUCAAGUUUGAGCCAGAUACCAACAGUGCGAUUCCUGGUCAUCGCGGUAGCAUUGUCCCGGGUGAUAUUGGUAGCCCGGUUCCUGGAAAUAGUCAUCCUGCUCCGUUUGGUGGAUUCAACGCUCCUUCCGUGUUACGGCAAUACUCCUCACCCCCGGCUGGGUUAUAUGGCGGGACUUCUUAA